AUGUCGCAACCGCGUGAUCUUCCAGACUCGAGAAUUGUUAUGGCAGAGCAGAGCAGCCACGAUGUGGUAAAUCAAACCCUGUCGGGCGGCGACCCUUCGCCUUCCGACGUUCCUGCGAGCACCAACGACAAGAAACCUGCCGGAGGGGACGUGGGGGAGAUAAAUCAUACCGCUACAACAACACAAUCCGAAUCUACGACGAAUCCUGCACGAGUUGAACGAAUGGAGGGGCCCGAAUCAUUAGCGCACAAGAACGAAGCUGGGCCGGGAACUGAACGGCCGUCGACCGAUCUCUCGCGGCAAGGGCCCGGGCCCGUGGCCUCAAGAGCCCUGGAAAUGAACGGAAUGGCUUCUGCAUCGGACGGUGGGGAGGACACGGCUUCGCAGGGUGGCUCGGAAUCGGACGCCAGUCGAACGGACUCCAAACUGAAUUCGCGUGCCUCGUCGACAAAACGAACCACUUCGUUCAAGCCAGUCAGCUUUGCUAAAUUUGCGGUCCCGAAGGCUCCAGGCACGCCUCCCGCGGCGAAGGCGCCCGAGAAAGCUCCGUUGUCUUCGGGUACCCCGUUGGGCCUGCCGCCGCAAAACUUACGUCCACGAUUAGUCGCCAAGUCGACCGGUUUACGCGAUUCAUUAUCCAAGGGGGGACCAAAUGCGGCCAAACCGGGUGGAGGUGGUCCUGAUCCCAGCCAAGUAUGGAAUCGGAACCAACCGGUCCAGCAAACACCCCCCAAACACCUAACCGACGAGGAACUGAAGCAGCAAUAUGGAAUCCAUAUGACUUCUCGUAUUCAGGAAGAUGGCGGCGGAACGGAAUCGAAAUGGGCCGAUAUUGAUGACGAUGAAGAUGACUGGGCCCCGGAGACGAUAGAAUGGACCGACGGGACAAAAACCAACCUGACUCAACCGGAACCUGCGCCGCCAACUGCUCAGGAUAACAAUACCCGGGUACCUGCCGAGCCAAAAGAAGAGCCUUUACCUCCCCAGCAAAUAUCCACUGCUAGGGAGGCUCCUAGGUUCAUGCCCAAGCCAACCACCUCGAUUGGACCCAACCCAACCGUCCUUAGACUUGGAGCUAAUGCGGAACGACAAGCAAAGAACGCAAAUAUCUUGUCGCGAGGUCCGAAUGAGAAGUCUCCGCUAAUGUCCUCCAGUCCGGCUCCUCCUCCGGCCAAGUCGCCAUGGGCUCCGUUGCCCCCCGUCGAGAAGAUAUCGCCCGUUAUGCCGCCAGUUCAGCUGCAGCCACCGAUGCGGGCCCCUCCCAGAGAACCACCUCAUCAGCAAGACGCUGGCGCCGGGAUCGCCCAUCCAAAGGAGAUUGCGGCAGACGAUUUCAAUCGAUCGUUGAGAGAAACGCAAUAUGGUACUCGUGAACUCUACAAUUCAAGAUCAGGCCGCUACGAGCCUGUGCCCGAUACCAGAAAAGGGCCCUGGCGGGCUGAACAAGGCAUGCGUCCUCCAUCUCUGCUGCAAAGACCCCUUCCAGGCGAGCCUGUGGGCCCCGCGGAGCCUUCGCCGGCCUUCCAAACCCACCGAUCAGGUGGCCAAGAUGGUACUCACUGGACGCGGCGUCGAACGUCAUCCAACGUCAGUGGAGGAAGCGGCAGUUUUGGGCGCCGGAUGUCCAUAGGCAGGCCCGACGCCGCGCAAAGAUCCUUUGAUACUCGAAGAGGGUCCCAAGUAAAUGGAAUGAUGGAACAACCGGUUUUCAGCAGAGACCCGGGACCUGCAAAUCAACCUUUGCGAGAAACUUCGCCCACUCGGCAUGGUCCUGGAAUGCCCUGGUCUCCCCGUGGCCAGCCAGCUGCCCUACAUGACAAAGCCCCAGUUACACAUGGCCACUCCAUUCAGCCGCCUCCCGAGCCUCAAGCUGGUGAACAAGCGGUACCGCCACCCGAAGGAUCUCAAGGGCCCCAAGGACCCCAGGAAGACCCGGUUCUCAUGCAGCAGCGUAUUAUGAAGGAGAAGAGAAUGGAGGCCCGGCAGCGACGAUUAGAGCAGGAGGAGAAGGAAGAGGCUGCAAAACGCGAACGAAUCCGACAGAAACUUGAGGCCCUCGGUCCGCCCCCUGAUAAAGUCAAGCAACCUCGCCGGGAGUCCUUGGAGAGCAAUAAAGCAGAGUCCCAUGUCCCAUCGAAUACUGCGCAAGCCUCGCAUUCACCCCCCAAGCCUCCCGUGCCUGAACCGACGGGCGAGCCGAAACAAUAUGGAAUGAUGAAGGUUCAUCACCCGGACACUGUCAAGAAGCUCAUCGAGAAGGAACGUGCCGCCGAGAAAGCCACGCCAAUGGCUACUGCUCGACGCGCGCCUUCUCCUGCCCGCGAGCCCAAACCGGACGCUAACAUUGCCAAUGGCUUCCAGCCAUCUGGUGAGCCGCAGGUCCAGACACCGGAGAAGUUCCCCGAGGCCAAACUCGACGAGCAAAACACGCAGUGGCGCGGAGGUCUCAAUGUUUCCAGUCCCUAUUCACCGUGGACUUCGAGCACGAAGCUUGUCGGACCCCCGCCUAUUACGAAUCCGUGGAAACCCCUCAGUAAUGAUAAGACUUUGGGUAAUGGGAUUUUCGAUCAAGGCCUUGGGGGCUUCCCGGCACGGGACAUCUCUCUACGUGGACAUCUCGGCUUGGAUCAGUCGUCUGUUACGCCGGCGUCGCAACCGUUCUCAGCACCUUCGCGCUCACCGCAAGAAAGUGCGUCCAUCUCCCCCUUGCCAUCUCCCGAAGUCCGACAUGCGUCCUAUGAGCCUAUCAAUCCCAUUGCGCGCCCGGGACCCAUUGGGCCUCCGAGCUUGCAGCAUACUCAUUGGCAACAUGACAACCGCGUGUCCGGCACGGCAGCAUGGCAUAACUUCCAUGCCGUUGCUGCUAAGCGCGAGGCCGAAGAAAAUGAGAAGCUUCGCAGUGAGAUGAAUACCAUUCGCGAGGGACCAUCUUCCCUGCCGUUGACUCUCAAUGAGACCUGGAGGCAGGUCCGGUCGGGAGACCAGCCUGGACAGAGACAGAUCGUCGGGGUUUCACGGUCAACAGAUAGCAACCCGCCGGUGCCAAACCCUCUUCCCGGGCUGGAUCACCCUGUUGGUCCUCUGCCGUUCGUCGAGAGCCCUGCGCGUCCGCUUGGCACCGUCCCAGUCCGCAGCUCGCGAUUCUUCCCCCAGGCCACGGAGCAACAUAAGAAGCCGGCGUUUGAGGAGGGCGACGACAUGCGAAGUCCAUCACCGCCCCCUCCAGAAGACAUGUCGAAUCAUCCUGUGUACACCGGAGACACCAACCGGCCCCUUGUCCACCUCCCUGCGCCGAAGCCGAUUGUGAAACUGCCUCCCAAGGUCGUCGCUCCCCCGCCUCCUCCACCUACAUUUGCCUCGAUGGUCGCCGCGCCGCCACGCACUGCGCCGGUGUCCACGGCAACAUCUUGGCAGGAGAAGAUCAACUGCUUGUUCGGCAAGAAGACGGUGUCCGAGAAGAAGAACGCAUUGGCCGUUACAUCAGCCUCCAAAGAGCCGCUUGAUGUCCCACUCCACAUUGCUUCGGUUUCUGUCUCACUGCCUCAAAAAGAUGACCUCCCAACCGGCGACGGCGAAAUUACCGCCAGGCAAGUUGAAGAAGCAGAGGAGAUGUUCGAAGAUCGCGAAGUCGGAUCUUUACCAGUUGUUCGAGUGCCGACCAUGGCACCUGCGGCCGCUUGGCAAGCGGCGCCGGCCCCUUCGCAGUCCCGAUUGCGGUCGAAGAGUCUGAAGCCCAUGCAGGUUCACAGUAUUGAACCCUUUUCAUUCGGAUUCUACGACAAGGAUACAACCGGAGGGUUCCGGGUUUCGAUUCGUCUGCCGGGAGCGGUCAUGGCGAAAACAAUGCUCCUCCCCAAGAAAGCAGGCAGUCAUAGCUCGCUCCGAUCACGCGGCUCUUCGAGCUAUAAACCUCGCAAGACCACGAAGCCUCGCGAAGGAACUGGUAGUUCAAAUACCAAAAAGUCCACGCAAUCCCAGCACACGAAUGGCAACAGUUCUCCGCGACAUCAGUCCCGAAACGCAUCCUGGGGCCCACGAACUUUCAGUGGGUCUCGCUAG